GUAAGACUAUCUCCCGGCUCCCAGGCAGGCCAUGGUUCAUUAGUUCUGUGGAUCCACUGCUAUGCCUGGUACCCAGGCAUCAUCACCUUGGCAAGUUGCUAGAUGCAGAUGGCUUGCAGACAUGUCCCCUGCACAGCAUUUUUGGCAGCUGAUGACGGGACUCUAGAGCUGGGACUAGAGAUCCCCCAGAUCGCGCGGCAAGCCGUGCGAGCCCUUCCCUGCCGUGGUUAAUUUUCACUUUUCCACAAGGACGCGCCCUCGGAGGAGACCAGCCGCGGAGCAACGCCUGCUGGGGACCACAUGCCUCCCCAAGGGUGGGUGCUCUGCUUUGAGCCCUGAAGAAGCCAGGCUGCGAGCAUGUCGCCGCCGCAGCCGAUCCAGCUGCCGCGGGCCUCUGGGAGGCUGUGCGCGUGGGCCGGCCUCGUGUGCCGGGAGCCCCCUGCCCACAUGAAAGCGCGCGGCGGCUUCCCGGGGCGCCCGCACCGCCAGCGCCAAAGCCGCGCCCCCGCCCGCAGCCACGCGCUGGAGCGGGGCGCACAAAGGAAAUGGCAAGGGCGUGAGUCACCCGGAGGCUCGGCGCUCCCCCGCCCUCCCCGGGCUGCAGACCCACAAGGAGACCUUUGUGCCUCGCUCUGGAGGACAACCGGCACCCGCUGCGGGGAGGCAGGCAUUUCAGGGCGCCGAGUAAUGCUGGGGAGACAGGAGGAGGCUCUACAAGAGGAGGGAGCGACUUUUGUGACCCAGAAGUCUGCAAAGCCUGCGUCCAGAUCACCCUGUGCGCAGGCUCAGAGAAGCUAGUCCUCUUGCCCCCUCCCACAGACCCAUCUUGACUUACUCUGUUUUGCCGGAUUGUCUUCUUACCAUGGUGUGAGAGACUUUUCCUGUGUCAUUCCGAACUGAAAUUGAGAAGUGCUAAAACUAUGUUCCAUAGUGGAUGGAGGGUUGGACGGAAUAAUUCAUUUGUACAGAUUGAAUUAUUAGGAGCUCGUCCAGUGUCUCCAGUUUUCAAGCAAAAGAAAUGUAAGCUCAGAGGGA